UGGCGGGGGGUGCCGCGUGUGUGAGGCCGUAAGGGUGCGGGGCGGCGGCUGAGUUUUCCCGCUCUCCCCCCUCCCCUCCGCACCUGUUCCCGUGGAGGCGCCCUGCGGGGAGGCGGAGCGGGCGGUGUCGCCCCGCGCCGGCGGGAGAUGCGAAGGGGCUGAGCGGGAGGGCGGUAGCGCUUCCUCACCGCCCGUUCCGGCUCUGCCUCACCGCCCGCCUCAGCUCCUUCACCGCCCGGCUCUGCGUCCAGCCCUCCCUUCCGAGGAUACCUCGCACCAUGUCCUUCCGCCAGCGGAGCCCGCACGACAGCACGAAGAGCAGCACGCAGCACCCCCCGCGCUGGGCCCAGGCGCGGAAACGCGGCGCAGAUGGGAAGCGGCGGAGGCAGAACGAGCCCGAAUCCUCCGUGUUUGAGGAAAACAAGCCCAGGCCUGAGGACAGCCGACUGGACAGUUUUACAACACCAGAAGGCCCUGGACCCCUUUCCCGGUGUUCAGACUGGGGAACUGCAGUGGAAGAAGAUGAAAUGAGGACCAAUGUCAACAAAGAAAUGGCAAGAUACAGAAGAAAACUCCUGAUAAAUGAAUUUUCAAGAGAAAGGAAGUCCUCCUCAGGAAGUUCUGAUUCAAAGGAGUCCACGGUGACAGCAGAACUUGAGACAGAUGAGGUGGUUUUGAUGAGAAGACAAAAACAGAUAAACUAUGGAAAAAACAUGAUUGCAUAUGAUAGAUAUAUUAAAGAAGUUCCUAGAUGCCAUCGUAUACCAGGAGUUCAUCCCAAAACUCCAAACAAAUUUAAGAAAUACAGCCGUAGGUCAUGGGACCAGCAAAUUAAACUGUGGAAAGUGGCACUGCAUUCCUGGGAUCCACCAACUGAAGGAGGAUGUGAUCUGCAGGAAAUUUGUCCAGUUGACCUUGGUGAGAUGGAGACAGAAUCUGUUGGAAGCAAUUCUACUGAAUCUCAAACAAGCUGUCAAGAUAAUAAUGAUACCUGUUCUGGCACUCCCACCAAAGUUAGACAUCUUGACUAUCAAGCAGAAGGAGAAUUUGACUUGGAAGUGUGUUUGAGUGAGCCACUGAAAGAAUUUGAUACAGUGAGUUAAAUAGUCUUGUGCAAACUGUUUUAGAGAAAGUUUUUUUUAAAUUUGAGAGGUUAGCUUGAUCCUUAAUCUGUUAAGAGUAAGAAAGCUUAAGCAAAGUUGAAGACUGUUCUCAAAUUGUGGUUGAUCUAGAUAUUCUCCAGACCAGACUUCUGUAAAAUUGCAAUUAAGUUGUGUGACUUCCUGUUAACUUUUAAUUUAUGUAUAUCAGAUUUUUUUAAUAGGAAAACUAGCCAAAGGCUGUGCUAUCCCCUAGUAAUUAUAAAUAGUACAGCAAGAUCUCACCAAUUUCCCCCCAUUCCCUCCCCCACUGUGAACAUGAUUUCAAUUGUCCACCUGCAGAUCAAAAGCCAAGUAGGGAGAUACUUUUUUUGUUAUCUUGCUUUUACAUCUGGCUCUUCUAAAAGGUCUGACUUGAAAUAAUGCACGUGGUAGCUGAACCAUGUGGCUGAUUAGUACUCGUAAACCCAUCUACUGCAGUUACUGUAAGAUUAACUACCUUACCUUAAAAAAAACCACUUUAUUUGCAAAAAUGUUUCAGAAACAAUUGGAAAUUAAAUACCCUCAAGAAAUUGGAGGUCAACAUGGUAAAGUCUAAGCAAUAAUGUUUUUUUCAGAAGCAGUAGCCUUAAUUUGAAAUUUGUAAAUAGUCAUCAGUCAUUUAUUAAUGCAGUCAAGAAAACAAUGUCUAGGGAAAGAGCUUGAUUCUUUCAAUUUGCUAGUUUUAAAUGUAAAACUGUUGUAAAUGAUAACAACUGUACAGAUUUUCUGCUGAGAGCAAUUCGUGUUUCUGUUGCUUUUGUGUGGGAUGUUGCUGGAAAAUAAACAGAACUGCGUUUACUUUUA